GAAGGAAAAGUGUACAAAUGUGGUGGGCAUGUUGGAAGAGCCCACUACAACAAGCUGAAAGAGGUCUCAAAGAAAAAAGUGUUUUCUGCUGAUAUCAAGAGGAAAUAUAAAGAGAAGUUCCCCCAAGUGGAAAGUGUUGUGGGCAAGUAUGAAGAGCACAGAGCUGGAUGUGGGUGUCUCAGGGACAACUUCCUGACAAAUGCCCGCGUAAAUCAUUUCUGCUGCUUUCAACAGUGCAGUACUCCCCAAGAGUAUGCAAGGAGAUUGAGAGCUUUAGGAGAAUAUCAUUCCAGGGACAUCCAUGAGUGGGAUGGGGGUGAGUGUGGAUUUCACCCAAAAAUUGUAUGUUCCUGUAAGAAAUGUAAAGAAGAUGAAGAACUGCAAUGUCAGGGGAAACCCUACAAGAUGAAGAACUCCCUUACCUGUGACUACCACUGGCUGCAAUAUCGCAUUGAGUGUGAGCGCCGUGCAGAAGAUGCAGAUAGCGUGAUCCAUCCACCCAUGGGGAGAGGCCAUUCAAACUUGUGCGAGGCACAUUUUACUGUUCUGCCUAACUACCGUGCAAAGGAUCAAAAUCUUUGUAGGUAAGUGAAAGAGUCCCAAGCUCUUUUGGCGGCUGUGGAUAAGACGGUGCCAAGUCCUUUUCCUCUCUGAUAAUGAUGGACGUUGUCUUUUAUACCCUUGAAUGCUUGCUUGGCUAAAAAGGCGCCCAUUUUAGCAAAACUGGGGAGGGCCGUGAUAAACCCAUGGCAACGCCUUCUGCAAUUUUAUCCACUAGACGGAGUUUUCCUGUACAUUGUGCUCCCCCUUUUUGACCCUUUCGCUUGGUUCUAUGUGUUCACCCCAUAGUGUAUGAUACAAACGCGGAGAGGCUAAUUGAAUGAGAGUCUUCAUGUGUUCCCUUAAAUAGGUUUCCCCCAAGCUUGUUGUUGAGCCAAUUAAACCACCUGCUUCCAAUGAUACCCAUCCCACUGGUCUUGGUCAAAAAUCUCCCAGGGAUGUUGACUCAUAUACAGUACCUUGGCUUUGGCAAAGGCCUCAUAAACUUGACGGGAAUCCUGACGUGUAACCAUGCUGAAAGUACACUCUAUACAAUCUGGGAGAGACUAAUGCUAGGGUAGUAAACACCUUUUUAAGGACUGGUUUGUCCAACAGAAAGGUGUUUAAUGCAGACCAUUGAUGAGAUCUGGCAAGGGUCAUAAUCUGCACCCAGUCUUGUAAAGUACCCAAGGGCCAAUGACAAUGACAGUACCAUUGAUACAACAAAUAGAUAUGGGCUUGUGUAAAAGCCAAUCCCUCUGUGACUCUUUGCUCAUCCCCAUGCAUUAAACAUGAUCAAGAAUGAAAGACACAGAGUUGGGUACACACAUUUAUUGUAAAUCAUAAAAAUAGCAAAAGGCACAACGGCUUACAUUGGGUUGUUUACGACUCAAAUCUUUCCUAGUGACCUCUGUCUUAAUUAGACGUUGAAUCUUUUCACCCGCUCGCCUAUCAUUUAACACUAAAUUUUGUGAGUUCCAUUGCAGUAAAAAAUCUUGAAAGGACUGAUGCUUGGCUUUGGCUUUUAAAAACAAGAGGGCAUAAUGUCCACAGGUUUGACUGUCCAUGGCUUGCAGGGUAUGAUCACUGGUAAUGACUUCUUUCCAUUGCUUGAACCAAGCUUGUAACUGUGGGUUCUUGUAAGUGGAUAAGGGCAAAUCAUAACUAUCAAAGACUUCACACACUGAUUCCUGGAUAUAAUGGUUUUUUGCCUCAGCACUUCUCCAACGGCCGCCCAUACAUAUCAGCAAAUAAGAGUACAAACAAUCAAAUUUCCACAGACGGUGUUGUGCAAGCUGGAUUCAUAUAAUGCGAGAGAACAAAAAAGCUUAUGUUUUCUUACAUUUCGUGUGUUCCGAAGAAGAAGAUGGCAAAUUUAUUUGCAGGAAUGUUCUCCUCUGGUGCAGGAAGAUCAAUCUAAAUGAAGACAAGAAAACAGCAAAUUUAAGAGUUGAGUUCCACACAUCCUCGGGCAGUCAGUCGGGGCGGGUUAAAAGGCGCGACAAAAGUUUUCAAGCAUGGCCGGAAGAGCCCCUGGGUACCGACUCUCACCGGACCAUUUCCAAACGGUCAAGAGAAUGCUGGUUCCUGAUUGGGCGCAAAAAAUGCUUUGUAUUAUUGUGCCCAAUCGGCGGACAGUUUCUCCUGAGUUCUUUUCGUGAGUUCGUACACGACGGCUAUUAUCUCGCCACAGUUGCCCGGUUCGUUCGCCAAGCUUUCCUAACCAGAAACAAAGGAAUUACCAAUGAGUCGAAAAACGUUUCGGAUGCGAUCAGCAGGAGCAAUUCAAUUUGCACUGAGAAAAUUCUGUUUCUGACAGAUCACAAUGUAUCGUAAAUAAUAGGAAGUUUAAGAUGAAGCGGCGACGAGAAAGUAAAAAAAAAGCAAUAGCUUGACAAGGCAAAACAACAACUUUGCACGUGCGUCACGCUUUUUUGUAUAUUUCUUCGCCGUCACUGCACGACUACCACGUGAAAAUGCCUAAUUUCGUAUUUUGUGAAGGACGUAAACAAGCGAUGACAAAAUUUUCUUUCUCUUUAUGAACUUGGAUAUGGUUGAUAGAAGUUCAGCUCCAGAAGAGUUAGAGACUGAAAAAAUGUGAGUUCACUCUUCAUGCGACGUUUUCGUGGUUGUCAGCUGUCGUGGCAUAUUAAACUCCCUAAUAUUUACGAAGGCGUGAUCGAUGCAAGCGUGAAUACCUGUUGUAAACUCAAGCUUGUAUUUUUGGGAAAGCGUCUAUAGUUUUCGUGUAGACAGUGGUUGUCUUUACGCUAGGCUGUUAAGUAAGACUUGAGAGCUGCUAAGGUUUACAUAACCAAAAAUUUUCCGUGGGAAAACCUGAAGUAAAAAAGAUAGGUUGUGUGUAAAGCUUCCUUUUACUUGAAGAAUUUAGAAUUUACUUGUCCUGAAAUAUUUCUUAGCUUAUUUAGGCUCUAGUGCAAAGACUACCAGUAUUUUGAAAUGUAGCGUUUAUAUCAAAUAGAAAGAUUCCUGACUGUGUGCAUUUCUUUGGUGCAUGAGCCAGACAAGCCGUGAUCCAGUCAAUAGCCGUCGUGUACCAACUCACGAAAAGAAUUCAGAAGAAACUGUUCGCCGAUUGGGCACAAUAAUACAAAGCAUUUUUUGUGCCCAAUCAGGAGCCAGCAUUCGCUUGACCGUUUGGAAAUGGUUCAGUGAGAGUUGGUACCCAGGGGCUUUUCCACCUGUGCUUGAAAACUUUUGUCGCGCCUUUUCUCCCGACCCGACUGACUGCCCCUGGGUCUCCGAGGAUGAGCUCCACAAAGCUAAGCAACGUGAACAAGUUUGCUUUGAUUUCAAACUACUUACCCUUGCAGGUCAGGGUGGGUAGCCUCUCUUCUUCGCCCAGAUUAAUUGCCCUGGUAAAAACAUUUUAAGGUCGCAGCAAUAAGUGAACGGUGUAUCUCAAGUGCUGCCGCAGAUAAAGCACCCUCUGACUGGAGGCUGUGAAGACUAGACAGGAUUGGGUCCAACCUCUCAUUCUUCAACUCUUCCUUUACCAGCUCGCUCGCAUGAGAACACGACAUAGGUGCUUCCUUAAGCACCCGGCCUCUCUUUGUGCUCUGAAUCCUGCAAAACAGCUUUAACCCCUUGGAAUGACUGCCCAUCAGGGAACCUCUCUAACACUGCUACGGGGCAAGGGGCUGCCUCACUUCUUGCAUUAAGAGCUAUGACCCUUCCCGGAAUUGUUCAUUCUUACGUUGCAGCAAAAAGAGUGCAACAUGUGAAUCAGGAAAUAACAGAUCAUCCACUGCCACAUUGCUUAAAUCAUUGCACCGUAAGAAACCGAAAAACCCCAUAGCAAAUAUCACUGCAACUUGUACGUCUGCCAGACUGCCCUUUUCCAAACGAGAUAUAAUGCGCAUCACUUGAUCCGCCGCAAGGGGUUUCUUGCGGUCUGGCGGCCUACGCAGGAUUCUACGAGCAGCAUCCACCAACUGGGUCGCGAAAAGGUGCUCAGUGACUUGGAGGUGACGUACCUUCUUCUGUACCAAACUCACUCUAUACAAAGCAGAGUUAAUGGUAGAGACUGACUUGUUCACCUGGAUCAACUUAACUUAAUUCAGGGACAACACCACUGGUACAACUGACGCAUGGCACUGCUCGGCCCAACACUUCCACGUCCCAAACGCAUGGAGAUAACUGUUGACUGUCUUUGGAGCUUUAUCUUAAUCACCGCGUCAACUUCAAUUGUGCAUGCCAACGCCUUAUACACUGCUGUAAUGAGAAGGGCUAAUGUCAAACAAGCGAUGAUUUCAAGUCGGGGAAUUGUUUCUGCUUUCAAAGGGGCGACUUGGGUCUUGGAGGCUAGCAGGUGUGAAUAAUGUCCAGCAGACGUUGUCACCUGAACAUACGUAUUUGCGCCAUAAGCAAUCCUGCUUGCAUCUGCAAACCCGUGCGGCUGAACACAUUUGACCUGCUCUGCUUCUAUUCUAUCCAUGAUGCAACGGGGGAUUGUAAAACUUGAAAUCCCUGCUAUGUCUCCCACCAAUUCCUUCCAACGUGAAGUGAGGUCUUCCGGAAGAGCUUCAUCCCAUUCAACCUUAAGCUGGCAAAUUUCUUGAAACUUGCAUUUAAAUGGCAGAAUAAGUGGUGACAGCAAGCCUAGUGGAUCAUAGAAUCGAGCGGUAACGCUCAACAGUUUUCGUUUUGUUAGAGUUCCACUCAAUGUCUGCUUAGAGAACACGCUGAGAUCAAACUUGAAACAGUCUUCUGACUUGUCCCACAUAACGCCCAUGACCUUGACGACAGUUUCUUCACUCAUGACAUUGCUGUUAGUAGACUUUGGUUGAUCAAUAUUUUCAGUUUCAACAGACUUGGUUGGUUCCACUGCAGGUUUUCCAGAUAGCAGAGUGGUCUGUUCUUUCUUGAUUAAUUCGUUUAACUCUCUGCUGUUUGAAGCCCACUUCCUCAUAUCUAAUCCCCCUUCCCUGAAACCUGUUUUCAGCUUCUGAUAAAGUUCAAAAACGUCCAAUACAGUGUUCUUUCCAGAUGCAAGGUCAUCAACAUACAAGGCUUUGAUUACGGUACUCCAUUACCAGAAAUUAGGGACAAGAUGGCGGUUGCGCGUGCGCACGAAGGCCACAAUAGCUGCGAAUUCGUAUAAGAAAAUGUAUGGAGAUAAGAAAACUUUUUCAAAUAUAUCGAUUAUGAGCUCACGGGCGUUCAGCGCCCGACUCGAAACAUGUUGUGUUCGCAUCUGGGUUAAAAAUAGCUAAUUAGAAGUAGGUUUACUUACUUCCUGACGUGGCCAUUUUUAUCCCUCGUUGUACGCUCCAUUUCUCCAUAUAUUGUCUCUUAAAAUCUUGGCGAAGUCAUGCGAAAUACUCGUCGAUUAGAGGAUAAACCCUUCACUGAAGUGAAUUUGCCCGACUCGAUAUCACUUCUGCCAUGGAAGAUGUUUCCAAAACAGUCGUUAAAAGGACGAUUUUUGCACUGCAAAAUACUUCCAAAGGCGCAUUAUUUCCCUCAGUUUUCCAUCUGUAGUCCAGUAAUGGACGCCAUAGUUGCGAAUGACACAUUUCGGUUGGACAAAGCUUCACAACUCCAAACCUCACCGAAUCGCCAUUUCUCUUGUUGCUACAACUCCAGAGAUGCUUCACGGGAUAUAAACUAGGUUCCAGGCAUUCAAAAAUCCUCGAUUAGCCUACCAGGCUUGGUUUUAAAAUAAAAUUGUCACGAAAAUGUUUCGAAAGGUACAUCCGCGUACUGUUUUGUUGCUGUCAGCCACUCGGCCGAGUAUAAACCUAACAUUUUCUUGCAAGGUGUUUUAUUCCAUCUUUUUUCUUCGUAAAACAGAUCCACAGAGCUCAAAUUAUUUAAAAAAUCGCAAGGGAUACGCUUUCCCUGACUACGAUCGUUUUUGUCCGCCAUUUUGAAAAUGAGAUUCCGCUGACAAUGAACCACGGGCGCGAAAUGUCCUCGAUUUCUGCCAAUGCACAAACUGUGGGUCCAUGUUCUCAUACUUUGAUAAGUGGUUUCUUAAUGUCACAUUCAGAAUGAAUGGAGAACAGACAAGGCCAAACACUAACCGCGUAAAUCUUAACUUGAUUAUUUCUGAAUUCAAGGGGUUGACAUCAUCAAUCCAUAAGAACCUCAGGAAAUUCCUAUCCUCCGGCUUGACUUCAACAUCACGAAAUGCCGUCUCUAAAUCUCCGAUCAAAGCAAUCUUUGGGAGACGAAAUCUCACCAGGAUAUCAAAGAGCAAUGGAGUUAAUACAGGUCCAGAUAAAAGACAGUAGUUCAAACUUGGUUCAUUGUAAGACUUUGCACUAGCAUCAUAAACAACUCGCAGUUUAGUGGUAGCUCGAUCUUCCUUCAGUACGUCCUUGUGAGGAAUGUAAUGAACAGUUCCUGGGACAACUUCCUCUUCAGGCUUGUCAAUCACUUCAACAACAUCAGACUCCAACUGUUCUUCGAUUACAUUAUCAUACUGGUUUAGUAACUUUGUUUCCGAUGACUUCAAUCCUUUCAACAGGGAGACCAGACGGUUUUGUGCCAAGGAGUAGUUGUCUGAAAUGAUGGGGUGUUCUUUCUUGAAUGGGAGAGAAACUUCAUAGCGGUCAUCAUUGAAUCUUACUUUAGUUAGAUACUCUUUACAGAAAUCUUCUUCGCUUCCUUUAACUCCGAUAGUGUCAUAGUCCCAAUACGUGGCUAGUUGUUCCUUCAAUGAGGCAUCAUUUGCAUUAAAGUCUUCCGUAACCAUUUGACACUCAGUUUUCAUUACAUGGGACAUAUUAACACUUGAAGGACUGUGAUCAGAACAUGCAAGAUUGACAGGUCCACUCAGCACAUAACCCAAUCUUGUACAGAUUGCUACUGGGCCAUGCAACUCCCCCCGUACCACAUGAUUUUGAACAACAGUCCAAUAGUAAUCAGCUCCCAGCAUGACAUCAAUUUCUAGACCUUCAUCACCUCGUGAUUAAUCAGCAAGAGGCAAACUGCCUUGCUAUUUCAAUUGUUUGAUUUGCAAUAGGACCACAGAUUAAUUCAACUUCAUAGGCAUUGAUGAACACUCUCAAAUUGUCCUGGUAUUCCAACGCAAACUGAACAAUGUUACAUUUCUUUAGCGAGGGUUCAUUGUUUCCAAAUGUUUUAAUUAAAACUGUUUCCGUUCUAAUUGAAGGCAGACAUGAUUCGUUUCUCAACCUCGUGCUUAUGUAGGACUUCUGAGCACAAUAAUCUAGCAGAAUUCUCACAUUACAAUAAACAUCGCCACUGGGAUUUCCGACCUUUGCACUUGCCAUUGGAAACCCCCACCCACCCCGGGAAGACGUGGGGCAUUAGACAGCUGAACGAAAAAAAGGAAGAAAAAGCCCCACCUUAAAGGGGAGAAUUCUUAGUUUAAGCCCCGACUAAAGGUUUGGAUUUUUCAAAGACUGGUUAGCAUUUAAUAGCGAAAUAUGCAAAGUCCUACUUUUCUGACACACAUUGGAAACACUG